CACAUACUAACCUCACAAAAAAUUAUGACAUAACCUCAAUUCCAUCGAGCGAAUUUUCAAAAAAGUAUGUUUAAUUUAAUUAAGAACAUAGUUUACAUACACGCGAAGUCACCAAAAUCGAAAAUAUGUCGUGUUAAGCGUGCUGUUAUUACAAGAACGUAUUGUGAAGCCCCCAUCGAUUAUACUCAAAUUCCAAUCGAACGAAUAAGAAAUUUUAGUAUAAUAGCCCACGUUGACCAUGGUAAGAGUACUCUGGCCGACCGUCUGCUUGAAUUCACAGGUGCCAUAACGAAAAACAGUGGUCAAAACCAAGUUUUGGAUAAAUUACAAGUGGAGCGCGAACGAGGAAUCACAGUCAAAGCCCAAAGUGUGUCUUUAUUAUAUAAUUACAAAGGGAACGAAUAUUUAUUGAAUUUAAUUGAUACUCCGGGUCAUGUCGAUUUUUCCAGCGAGGUCUCUAGAUCACUUUCAGCCUGCCAAGGGGUUAUCCUAGUGGUGGACGCCAAUGACGGGGUCCAGGCCCAAACUGUGGCAAAUUUUUACCUAGCUUUUGGCAAAGACCUCACCAUUGUGCCUGUUUUAAAUAAAAUUGAUUUGAAAAAUGCUGACCCCGAUAGGGUUACCAAACAGUUACAGUCACUUUUUGAUAUAGAGCCUCAGGAAGUGCUAAGGAUUUCUGCAAAAUUAGGCACCGGUAUUCAAUCGGUUAUUGAGGCUUUAAUCGAGCGAAUUUCGCCCCCGAAAGUGGACAGAACGGCUCCGUUUCGAGCCCUACUUUUCGACAGUUGGUUCGAUAAAUACAGGGGGGCCUUGUCGUUGAUUUAUAUUCAAGAUGGUGAAAUAAAUGUGGGGGACGAAGUACAGUCUUGCCACUCGCAAAAAACAUACAGCAUCAAGAGUUUAUCUCUGUUACGGCCACAAGAGGUCGUUACGAAAAAACUAGUCGCGGGUCAGAUUGGCUUAAUCGGUUGUAACAUGAGGACGAGUAAAGAGGCGUUUAUUGGUGACACCAUUCACUUGUCUUCCUGCCCUGUUGAGCCUCUUCAAGGUUUCGAGCCGCCGCAGCCAAUGGUGUUCGCCGGUGUUUACCCAAUGGACCAAUCACAGCACGUCAAUUUGAGGAGCGCUAUAGAUAAAUUGACUUUGAAUGAUUCGGCGGUUUCGGUUGAUAUUGAUUCGAGUCCGGCCCUGGGUCAAGGCUGGAGGCUGGGUUUUUUGGGGCUCUUGCAUUUGGAGGUUUUUUCGCAGCGUUUGCAACAGGAAUACGGCGCUGAACCGAUUCUCACAGCACCCUCUGUCACUUAUAAAAUUACGUUAAAAGAAACCAAACAAAAUAUUAAGACGGGGCGCGAGAUAUUUGUUAAUAAUCCAGCUUUGUGGCCCGAUACUGUCCACAUUGAGGAGACUUUUGAGCCGAUGGUGAUCGGAACUAUUAUCACGCCUGAUAAGUAUCUGGGGCCGAUUAUGUCUCUUUGCAUGGAAAGACGAGGUGUUCAAAGAAAUGCCACUAACAUAGACAACGAUCGUGUUAUGUUACAAUACGAUUUGCCGCUUUGCGAAAUAAUUAUAGACUUUCAUGACAGUCUAAAAACUAUUUCUUCCGGUUAUGCCAGUUUUGAUUAUGAAGACAACGGAUACCAAAGCUCUAAUCUUGUUAAAUUGCGGAUUUUGUUGAAUGGGACAGCAGUUGAAGAGUUAAGCAAUAUUGUUCAUAUCUCUAAAGCUCAAUCUAUUGGUCGGAAAAUGGUUCUGAAACUGAAAGAAAUGAUCCCUAGGCAAAUGAUACAAAUUGCUGUCCAGGCUGUUUGCAAUGGCAAAAUUUUAGCUAGGGAGACUAUCAAAGCGUACCGUAAAGACGUAACAGCUAAACUUUAUGGAGGUGAUGUAACAAGGAGAAUGAAACUACUAGCGCAACAAGCCGCCGGGAAAAAGAAAAUGCGGAUGGUUGCAAACAUUUCCUUGCCCAGAGAGACAUUUAUAGACGUUUUGAAGAAAUAAUUGUGAUUUUUUAUUUAUAAAAAUUAUAAUUUAGAAUAAUA